AUGGAGCACAAGCCCACAGUCUCUUAUCAUUUGUUUCUCUAUCGCGAGGAGCUGGCGCGACGCAAUGCGCGUCAGCUGCGACUAUCGCGCACCAAGAUCGAAAUAACCGAUGAGCUCAUCUCCAGCACAGUGCGGAAUCUUAAAACCUGCAGCAUCGAGGAUCUUAAGGCUGUUAAUCGUGAGCUCGUCUUCAAGCGCAAGCUGCGCCGCAAUGUGUCCAAGCUUAAAAAAAUUGCCAAG